GAGAGAGAAAGAGAGGGAGAGAAUCGGGAGGUUCACCCUCGGCAGACGGGCCAGUGACGCUGCAGCUGGACGGAGCACACAGCCUGAGGAGCGUAUGAGGCGUGAGCAGGGAGCCACACUGGCACCUCCAGAGAGGGAACACAGCCUGAGCCUGAGCCGACAUGGAGAGCAGCAUGUUCUUCGGUAACACCUGCCAGAAUGGCCUGAUGCCCGCUCUGAUGCGACCCACUCUGCCUGCCGUGCCCACCUCCCUGGCCAUGAAGCAGUUCCUGCCCUUCCCUCUGGAGAACGCUGUCAGCCUCUUCCCGGGACUGAACACGAUGGACCCGGUCCAGAAGGCCGUCCUGCACCACUCGCUGGCUCUGCCCACCUCCGUCAAGAGGAGGCACGUCUCCUGCAGCGUCUGCCAGUUAAGGUUCAACUCACAGAGCCAGGCCCUGGCCCACUACAAGGGAACCAAACACGCCAAGAAGCUCAAAGCCCUGGACGCCCCCAAGACCAAGCUGAAGGGCUCGGCAGUUACCAAGGAGACGGGCGGCCUGGACGGCACCACGCAGAUUCUGGAUGACAGGAAAGAUGUCGCCACAGCGCCACCACUCUCGCCGCCUCUCAGAGUGACGCAGCCGCUGGCGCCCGUAUCCGCCGUCAGCACUCUGACGCCCGUGGCUUCGCCACUCAUCCUGAACACGACAACGUCUUUGGAAGCUAACUUUACGAUCGGGGGGGACGAAGGUUCGACCCAGAUGGAUUCAGAACCGGAUCAGGAUCCGGAGCCAGAGUGCGAGCAGGAAGCAGAGACGGAUGCGGAGACGGAGGAGGAGAAGGCUCGGCGGCUGCUCUACUGCUCGCUCUGCAAGGUGGCGGUCAACUCGGCGUCGCAGCUGGACGCUCACAACAGCGGUACCAAGCACAAGACGAUGCUAGAAGCUCGCAGCGGCAUCGGCUCCAUCAAGUCCUUCCCUCGACCCGGAGUGAAGAGCAAACUGUCGCCGCCCUCCAGUUCGUCGACGGGCCUGCAGAACAAAACCUUCUACUGUGAGACGUGCGACGUCCACGUCAACUCGGAGACGCAGCUGAAGCAGCACAUCAGCAGUCGGCGUCACAAAGACAGAGCGGCGGGAAAACCGGCCAAACCCAAAUACAGCCCGUACAGCAAACCACCGAAGGGCCAGAGCAAGCAGCCGCUCAAGCUGCCUCUGUCCAAGGAGCGGCCCGGGCUCAGCUCGCCCAUCAUCCCGGCCCACCUGGCAGCCUUCGCCGCCGCCAUCGGAGGCUCCUUCACACCACGCCCUGGCCACGCCCCCAGCCCCGCCCUCUUCCAGUCGCAGACCCUCCCUGCCGCGCUCCUGCGACCGGCGCCCGGGCCCGUGCGGACCCCUCACUCGCAGGUGUUGUUCACCCCCUACUGACCCGCGGCUGGCCCGGACCGGGCGCCGCUCCGGUCCUUCUAUGCAUCCUGAAGAUUCUGGAGAAACACUGCAGCCCAACGUUGAUCCGACUGGUUCUCAAACGCAAUAAUGUCAAACACCUAUGCAGUGUUCUGUGGGUGGAGAGGCUUUACCGCAGGGUCAGGUCUGGACUGGACCCGGAGAGCUCGCACUUUAGGACCCCCCUCUGUCGGUGUCGUGGUUAGAUGCUAGAGUGUGUUCAACGGUUCCAGUCGCUGUCGUCACGUUUGUCUCGUCCUCAUCCAGGUGUGAGUGUGAGGGAGCGUGCGUGUGCGUGCGUGUGUGUUCUUCUUCAUGUCAUCAUGUAUCAACUCAGAGGGACCAUGAAACAGCGUUUGUGUAUAUUGAGUGUCUGUGUGUACAUUAAAGAGUCUUACUUUGUUAAAGCCUCGCGUCGUCCUCCUUUGCUUCCUGAUGAUAACAUCCACUUCCUGUGGAGGUGCAGGAGCAGGAAGACAUUCUCCUCCUGAAGGAUUCACUUAUCCACAGACAGACAAACACAAACCAGCGCCUUGAUAGACAGAAAUGAGUUUUACCUGCUUGAUGGAGGUAAAUAUUAAAAAUUCUUGCAUCAAUUCAUGUGAUAAGAGAGAAAAAAAAAUCUAUAGUAAUAAGAAUUAUUAUAAUGUACAUUUUUCUGUCCAUGAUUAAAAAUGUCAGAAAUGUAUUUAUAUAAAAUGACUUUACAAUAGGAACAUGUUUGGUGAAACAUUUCAAAUGAAUCUGAUAAAAAAAGAAUAAAAAAUAAAUAACCACUGUUAACAAAAUAAAAUAAAAAAUAAA